AUGUCCUCCUCCCCUGUUAUUUCUGCACCUCCUCCAGUUGGAGUCUCUAGUCCCGUUCAUUUCGAGAAAGUGUUGGGGGUGCCUGCUGAUAUUUUCGCCAAGCGAUCUAUCCAGGAUCAUGAUGACACUCCUCAUGUCACCAAGCACCCUUACUAUGACAAUGAUCAUAGUCGGAUAAUGGGCCCCAUAAACCCCAAUCAAUCAUCAUUUGAAGAAUCUUGUAGUGGUGGCCAACGCUGUGCCACCCAAUCACUUCCAAAGGGCCUCCCCACGCCCUAUCAACUAGGAGGGCAUGUCCCUACUGCUCUGGAACACCGUUUCAUGACGAAGAAUCUUCUGAAGCGCAACGAGGUUGAUCUUAGCCUGGUAGAUGUUCAUCAGGGCAAAGAGAUCUUCAAAGAAAGCAUGAAGGCUAUGCCUGAUGACACUGUCUAUACAGCUGUCAUCGCAAAGCAAGCUGACGUCGAAAGCAAGCAGGCUUCCUAUUUCGAAAGGGUUUUAGUCAAACGUUCCUUGCAGCAGCUUGAAGAUGACGCAGACUUCACUGUGACUACGUACAGUCAUGAUUUCGCUGCCUAUCAAGUUGCAGACUUGCAACUUGAUUAUCUGGAGGAGAUAUGUGCUGAGCGGAAGUUGCCUCUGGAGGACGAUGACUCGGAAGAUGCUGAAGAUCGCUUGAAAGUAGUCGAAGAUGGAAAAUACCAGUACCGUGACCUUGGGCCAUCCGAGUCGAAGGUAGGGUGA